AGGAAGCUUGAGCAGCAGCACUGCAGCCACAGAAAUUCAAAACUGCAGAGGACAAACUAAUCUUGGAUUUAUAUAAAUAAAAUAAAUUAAUAUAUAACAACACCGAUAUAUGUGGGUAGUUUGGACAUUUGUUUGUGUUAAUCUAUGUUAGUUUAAACGAAUGAUAGCGUGAGAGAAACGGAAAAUAUGUUUAUUAAAGAAGAGCGCGAGCUGCGGUUACCAAUGGCGACGCCGACGCUCCUCUCCAGCUGACUAGCCGGAGUUCCUGAAGCUGCUCUGAUUUCUCCGGAUUUAUCUUUCUCUCUCCCAGGUGAUCAUGACGUCCAAACAGAAGAAAAGUCUGAAGGGCUCAAUCGAUGACGUGUUGGGAGAUCUGCUGGGAGACGACACUGACGAUCUCCCGGUGAAGGCCAGGUCUCCGGCCGCAGGACCCAGCAGACCAGGGGGUGUCUUACGAACACAGAGCGGGAAGAGGAACCUUCUAGACGAUGAUUUCUUCAGCAAACUUGCGGAGGAGGCAGAGAAAGACGGCGAGGGUUCUGAUGUGUCUGAGGUGGAUCCGAAGGCUUUGCUGGAGAAUAUGAAGGACAUGGAUGAUAUGGACGCUGACUUGUUUGGCUCGAAGAGGAAACCCAGUUCAGCCCCAGCGCUGAGCAGAACCUCUAGAACUGAAACAUCUAAACCAGGAGACAAGAACAAACCUAAUCAAUCAGAAGGAGUGGAGGAGAGGAAGCCCGGCUCUGCUCCAGCUGCUGCAGUGAGGAGCUACAGUAAAUUCAGCAUCAUGGAUGAUGAUGAUGAUGAUGAUGAUGGUGGUGAUGAUGAGUUGCCAGCUGCCAAACAAGACGACACGGAUGAUCCUCUGGAUGACCUGCUAAACAAACUGGGUGGAGAACGGCCGAAAAGCGCUCCAUCGGGAAAAGCUGGAAAGCAGCCGACAUCCUCACCGGCUGGACAGAAGAAAGAGGAACAAGCCACACCUGCAUCCGCGCCUAAGAAACACAACGAGUUAUACUUUGACCAUGAUGAAGACGACCUCAUGGAUGCACUGGGGUUCAGUGACCCCCCGAAAGGAAGAGGAAGUGGACUCCUGACCAAAAAAGAGAGUGAGGCUCCUCAGAGACCACGCACCAGGCUGGACGAGAUUCUGGGAAUUGGGACAUCUCCUCGUCUGCUGGAGAGACCUGUGACCGGCGAGAAAAAAGACACAACACCCGCAGAGCGACAGCCACAGAAGGGCUCGGCUGGCAAAGAUUCUGUGACUGGAGAUGAAGACUUAAUGUUCGGCUCGUACCAGCCCACACUGGUCUUGACUCCAGAGGGACGAAACUCUCGCAGACACUCAGUACGAUUCUCUACUGAGGACCUCAGCUCUUCUUCUCCUGAACGCAAGCCCAAAUCCUCCACUGUGACCUCCACUGUGACCUCCACUGUGACCUCCACCCGACCUGGCCGUCCCCCUUCAGACUGGCUCGGGCUCAAGCAAGACGAAGAUGAAGCGGAAAAGGAGGAGGAGCCAAAGAGAGAGAAAAAAGAGGCUGCAGGAUCAUCUGAGAGACUAAAACGUCCACCUUCUCCAUCAAACGUAGGAGGAAAGCCAUCCAGAGUGACCUCGAAACACUCUGAGGAGCUCAGAGCCAUACCUGACACUCCAGAAACUUCCACAACCACUGCAGCCAAAUCAGAGCUUAAAAAGAAGGAGGAAGAGGAUGAGGACGACUGUCUGGCAGGAGCUCCGAGUAAGAACAAAACUUUGGUGGAGGACAGAGAGAAGAAGCAGGAGGAAUCUCUAGGGAUUGGAGAUGAGAUACGAGACCUGGACACAUUCCUCAGUAAACGAAACGCCACCACGACUCCUCGCAGGGUGAAAGAGGACACGCCCCUCCCUCCCAGACAGCCCAGCCGUGAGUCUCUGGUUGUGCCUAGCCGACAGCAGAGCCUGGCAUCUGCCCCAGCACCCAGCACAGGAGCUCAACACACACAUGAGUCAGAGCAGAAACCUGCAGCUGUGAGCACUGCACCUGUCCAGCAGGUGUCUCUGUCUACAGACGGCCUUCAGCAGCUUCUCCUCCAACAGCAGCUGGCUCAGGCUCAGCUCUGGGGUUUAGGGUCACCAAUGGACCUCAAGUCCUUACAGAAACAGCGGAGAGAUACAGAACAUCACAGCGGAGACACGACUGCACUCCAGACCAGGAUCAUACAGCUGGAGGGACAGGUGCGGAGUCUGCAGCUAGAAAAGGAUCAGCUGCAGAUGUUACUGGAUAACAUCCAACAGAGACACAAACAUGACAUAGAGCUUAUGGAGAAUACACACAGAGCUCGUGUGAAGCUGCUGGAGGAGUCUGUGGUGCAGCGGGAGGCACGGGCACACAUGGAGAACCAGGAGCUGACGGAGCGUCUGGAGGCGGUGUUGAAGAUGGCACAGCGGGAGAGGGGAGAGCUUCAGGAGCAGCACCAGCGCAGGCUGGCACAGAGCCAACAGGAGAGAGACCGCGAGGUGGAGAGACUCCGAGAGCUCCAGAGGAAGUCUAUACUGGAGAUGAAGAAGGAUCAUGAGGAGCAGGUACAGAGACUCAAGAGACUGAAGGACGAGGAGAUUGAUGCAGUGACCAGUGCUACCUCACAGACCAGGUCCCUGACAGUGGUUAUUGAUCAAAUGGAGCAGUUCUCUCUCAGGCUAGGUGAUCUCUCGUCUCGCAUUGAGAGCACUCACGAAAACACCACUCAGGGUCUGGAGCUCGGAGCUAGACAGAGAGAUGAACAACUGCGAGUGCUGCAGGAGCGUCUGACUCAGCAACAGAGGGACAUGGCGGAGGAGAGAACCCGACUCAAAGAGGUCAUAGCCAAAAUGGACACGCAGCUGGCUGAGCAGCAGAGACAGCUCCAGCAGGAGCGCUGGCGGGUCACAGCAGAGCAGGCUAAAGCAGAGUCAGCAUUACGGGGCCUGGAGGAGGAGAGACGCACCAUGACUCAACACUUCACCAUAGAGAGAGAGGAGCUGGAGAGGGCCAAGAGCGCUCUGUUAGAGGAGCAGCAGUCAGUGAUGCAGCGCUGUGCAGAGGAGAGGAGGAAACUCGCCGCAGAGUGGACACACUUCCACGCUCAGGACAAACUGCGCAAAGAGAGAGAGAUGGACCGAGAGGGACAUAUUAUCAGCAUAGCACAGGAGCAGGCUGAGCUGAAGCUCAGAGCAGGAGAGCUGAAGCAGAGAGAGGAGGCCUUACAGAAGGAGAGAGAGAACCUGGAGAAACUCAGAGAAGAGCUGGAAGUGGAGAGAGGGAGACUGAAUGCAGCAGCUCUGCACCUGAAACACCGAGCUCAGGAGGUGGAGUCUCUCAGCAAGCUGGCGUGUGAGCGCUACGAUGAAGGCGAGCGGUCACUGCAGGAGGCUCGGCAGGUGGAGGCGGGACAUCAGGCUCGUCUACGCCACAUCCACACUGAGCUGGAGCGACUGAGGAAGCAGGAGCACAACCUCCAGCAGGAGAGGAUGAGAAUGACUGACUAUCACAGAGAGAUGGACAGAAUGAGAGACAACCUUCCCACUGACCACGUACCUGCCCAUGCUGAUCCUUUACUAACAGGAUUCUCUCCCGUGUUCAGCAGCACAGUAGUUCAUCCUUUAGCACCAGUAAACAGUUCCAGAUCCAUUUCACCAAAACUACAGGCUACACUUGCUGUGCUGAAACACACAGCUGAAAAGGUACACACACGAUGGUUGUGCAAUACUGUUCAUAUGCCUCACUUCACUAAUAAACAUUGUGUAUCUCAGGACCGGGAUUUCCUGCAGGAUGAACAGAUCUUUCUGGACACACUGAAACACACACCAUGCAACUCAACCUUACACACAUGAACACAACCCAACCUGCUGCCAUUUUAGUUUUUUUACCUCAUUUUAAUAAAGUCUAAUCUUAA